AUGUUCGCCAAGCCGUCCUCGGUGAGGAAAUGUCUCCCGGAAUCUCGGUGGGGGCAUCAUGAACUUCUCCAAACAAAAGCGAUUCAUUUAAUCAAACUCGAUUUGACACGCACCCAUCUGAUGGAGGAAAUAUCCGUAAUCAAUGAUGAUAGUCAGGCCACUCAAGAUAUGCCACCGGCAAGCCAGGGUGAUUGGUUAGAAAAAAUGUUUGAAGUGACAAGUGAAAAGCAAUCAGAAAACAUUUUACCCAAUCCAACACAUUCACAGAUGUUGGUUCUUCCAAGGAUAAACCCGGACUCUAGACUGGUAAUGUCAGCCGAAGAAGACGAAGACUCGGCAGUCGAAUACUAUUUUAAGAGAUUGGAAUCACAUCAUCAAAAUCUUGGAGUUCCUAAAAUAAGUAUGGGGUCUAUUAAAGGAUCUUAUCCUCGUCGUCCAAUGGUUAUUGCUCCCAUUGUAAAAGCACCUCCUAUUCUACCAACGGAAGAAUCGAAAGAAAACACGACCAAUAUUGAAACCCAUAUAGAAAUGCCUAUAGAAGAUACCAAACCUUUAAGAUUGCCAAGUCGUCAACGUGUACGAGAUUCAAUUUAUAAAGCAUUCGUAAGAAGUCGUCCAGCUAAACGUCAUGAACUUCAAGCUCCUAUGAAAGAAGAAUCAAAUAUUUGUCGAGAAUUGACAAAUUUUGAAAGAGAACUUGAUUUACUUAUGUAUUCUCUUGUUGAGACUCCUUCUCCGAAUCGUCAAACAGCUCUUCACCCUUUUAGUAGGCCGCGAAGGUAUAUUGGUCCUAAACCCGCACCUCGUAGUCCGAUAAAGAUAUAUCCACUUACCGAAUUAAAUGAUGUAAAAAGAGCAUCUGCUGAACCUUCUCGCAAGGACAAAUGCAUCGAUCCUAAACUUCAACAUACGAAACCCAAAAGCAACUUCAACGCUUCAUUAUGUCAACUUCCGAGUAUCCCAGAAGCGGGACUUACAGAACCUAGAAGAAGUUGUUCUGGAGUGAUCAGAUCAGAAAGAAGAACCAGUCAGUCACCCCUUAUGAUAUUCAAAACUCGACCUCGCAAUCGUCAAGUAUUAGAAUCACAAUUGAGAAUUGCAGAACAAGAAAAGAAUAGAAUCAGUUUAAAUAGAAUGCGUAAAUCGAUUGCAAGUCUACCUAAAAGAAUUUCAGAUUCAAUGAUGAUCAAUCGAUCUUCAACAAAUAGAGAUUGGUUCCUUUUCAAUGACGAAGAAGAAGGUGUUCUAACUGUAACUCCUCAUCCUCAGCGUCGUGAAUGGCUUGUUGGAUUCAUGAAAAUGAUGUUGAUCUUAGGGUUACUUAUUCCUAUCAUCGUUUUGGUCAUUGUGUUUCACAAAAGAGAUAAUAUAGUACUUGGAAUCAACUCAAGUUAA